AUGGAUUUUCUCAAGGCGUUUAACAGUUUUGCCUGCAUCGGAUUUCAGCGCAUAAUUUUCGUCACCACUUCCAUUCUUAAUCAUGCCAUCCAAAUCCUCCACGUAGUGAUAAACAUCUUCUUUUUUACCUUGCAACGGCGGGUUUUGAUCUUCCUUCUUAACGAGGUCCCUGACGGCUUUUACGAAGCCAUCGAAUUUUUGUCCAUGGUCGGAGUGGAGAUCUUUGAUUUCUUGUUGGACAGCAUCUUUGCCUUGUUUGCCGGAGUAUUUUGUCUUAUUUUCGGCGGACACUUGAAGCUCUGGAAUUUUACUGGUAAUUUUAUCCCACUCUUUGCUCACCUUCUCUGUCAUAUGCGUAUUAUAUUCCUUCGCGACUUCACCAAGCUUAUAAUUUGGCGGGGCACUUGGAGCGCCGCUCGGCUGCGCCGUCUCCUUCGGAAACUUAUCCGCAACUUCAGUAUCAAUUGCCUUAUCAAGCUUGUCGGAGAUUUUAGCCUGAUUGCCAACUUUGUGAUCGGAGCCUUGUCCAUUAAGCGCCUUUUCGAGAUUGUCGUGAAGCCCAUUCACAACCGGCGUCAUUCUGUCAAGGAUGGAAGCGAUGCUUCCUUCACUGGGGCUGAUGCCGUGCUUCUCGUCGAUGUUGAGGAACACUGA